AUGGCGCAGAAAAGCCCGGCGAGUGAGGAAGCGAAGGGGCCCUGGCGGGAGGCAGACCAGGAACGACAGGAGCGGGUGGGUAGUCCAGAGCCGGAGCCGGAGCCGGAGCCAGUGCCAGUGCCCCAACCUGAGCCCCAGCCAGAGCCCCAACCGGAGCCGCAACCCCUACCGGAGCCUGCUCCCCUGCCAGAGCUGGAGUUUGAGCCCGAGCCGGUGCGCGAACCCGAGCCCACGCCCACCGUGGAGACCCGCGGCACCGCGCGCGGCUUCCAGGCCCCUGAAGGUGGCUUCGGUUGGUUGGUGGUGUUCGCUGCCACCUGGUGCAACGGCUCCAUCUUCGGCAUCCAGAACUCCUUUGGGAUCCUAUACUCCAUGCUGCUGCAGGAGGAAAGAGAGAAAAAUCGACAAGUGGAGUUUCAAGCAGCAUGGGUAGGAGCCCUCUCAAUGGGUAUGAUCUUCUUCUGCUCUCCCAUUGUGAGUAUAUUCACUGAUCGGUUGGGCUGCCGAAUCACAGCAACUGCAGGGGCUGCUGUCGCUUUCAUUGGCCUCCAUACCAGCUCUUUCACCAGCUCACUAAGCCUGCGUUACUUCACCUAUGGAAUUCUCUUUGGUUGUGGCUGUUCCUUCGCCUUCCAGCCAUCUCUCGUUAUCUUGGGCCAUUACUUCCAACGCCGCCUGGGUCUGGCCAAUGGUGUGGUGUCUGCUGGGAGUAGCAUCUUCUCCAUAUCCUUCCCCCUCCUCAUCAAAACACUGGGGGCUAAGAUCAAGCUUGCCCAAACCUUCCAGGUGCUGAGUACCUUUAUGUUUAUUCUUACACUGCUUUCACUCACCUACCAGCCCCUCCUGCCCAGCUCCCAGGACACCCCAAACAAAAGGGGUGUCCACAGCCUGUGCCAACGUUUUCUGGCUCAGCUCAGGAAGUACUUCAACAUGCGAGUGUUCCGCCAACGUACCUACCGCAUCUGGGCAUUUGGGAUUGCUGCUGCUGCCCUUGGCUACUUUGUUCCCUAUGUACACCUGAUGAAGUAUGUUGAAGAGGAGUUCUUGGAAAUCAAGCAGACCUGGGUGCUGUUGGUAUGUAUUGGGGCUACCUCAGGCCUCGGGCGCCUUGUGUCUGGCCGUGUCAGUGACUCCAUUCCUGGACUCAAGAAGAUCUACUUGCAGGUUAUCUCCUUCCUGCUCCUGGGACUGAUGUCCAUGAUGAUUCCGCUCUGCCGGGGCUUUGGGGGCCUCGUUGUUGUCUGCCUUUUCCUGGGCCUGUGCGAUGGCUUCUUCAUCACCAUCAUGGCCCCCAUUGCAUUUGAGCUGGUGGGCCCAAUGCAGGCCUCACAGGCUAUUGGCUAUCUCCUGGGCAUGAUGGCCCUGCCGAUGAUUGCUGGGCCACCCAUUGCAGGCCUUCUCCGCAACUGUUUUGGGGACUACCAUGUGGCCUUCUACUUUGCCGGUGUGCCCCCCAUCAUUGGGGCUGUAAUUCUUUUCUUCGUCCCUCUGAUGCAUCAAAGGAUGUUCAAGAAGGAGCAAAGGGAUUCCAGCAAGGAUAAGAUGUUGGCCCCUGACCCAGACCCCAAUGGGGAGCUGCUUCCAGGCUCCCCCACCCCUGAGGAACCAAUCUAAUGUCUUUACCAUUGUGUGCUCCUCCCCAACCCUUUCACCCCACCCUGCUCAGCAUUUACAUUUUUGCCACCAGCACACAUGUCCCAAACCUGCACACACAGCAUUUCAGCCACUUGACCAUCACCUUGGAGCCAAAGCUCAUUGUUAAACUCAUUAAUCAAAUUCUUCCUGUGAAUGCCUUUAAACUUGCCAGGGUCUAGGGAAGUCUGAAAUCUCUCUCAGCCGUUGGAACCUCUCCAUAUACUUUCUAAUCUCUGUGGGAGGUGGGGGAUGGACCAUCCAGGCCCCAGCUUGUUAGACACCCACUAAGAGCAACUGCCAAGGUGCUACUGUGUCCCCAGGAGCCUAGUGGGAAUAUCCAAGUCUCUGUGUGCUGAGGAAUUCCUUGCCAUCUGUCCGUGGGAUCUGCUGGGAGUGAGGGGAAGGGCAGAGAGGUAAAAUGAGGCAAAGAGCCUUGUUUAGCCUCAGAGUCUCCAAAAGCUGUGGCUUCCCAAGAGCUGGGGGUGCCAUCAUUUUACAAGUGUACAGAUAGUCUCCCCAUCAUAUGGUUGGUUAACAGUCUAUUUCCUUCUUCCUUUCUUCCUGUUUUUUCCCCCUCUACUGCCUCCUCUCCCUUCUCUUCCCCUUUUCUUUUUAUGACUGUCAUAGGCACAUGGGUGCUUGAAGAGAGAGGGGACCUAGAGCUUGGGCCAAUGAGCCUCACCUUGGUCCAGCCUACCACUAACUAGCAUCAAUCCCAUUCAUCUCAGGCUGAGCCACAUCUCACUCUCUGGCUCAAGCUGCUAUAAUCAUAGACUGGAAGAGUAGAAUAUCACAUAGGGAAGGGGCCUUAAACAUUACAAAGUUCCACUCACUGAUUUUUACAGAUUUUCUAGGCUCAACUCCCCAUCCUUGUAUCCUUCUGUCAAAAUGUGAAGAAAUUCCUUUCAUCUCAGCAGACAGAGGACUGAUGACAGGGGUGGCAUGGUGGAGGGAGGAUGGAGGGACAAUAGUUACUGACCUGGUGAAGGACCAACUCCUUCAUCUCUCAUUAUUCUUGACAGGUCAGUAUUUCUACCUGGACCAGGCCAAGAAAGGGACUGUUUUAAGGAAAAAGCCCAUUCCCAACAUGGAGCCCAAAAAGGUAGAGUCAGCAGUGUUGGACAUGAGGUUGGACAAUUUCUUUUAGGAAGUAUAAACCAUCCUAGCCUUUACAUCUAUCAUGUCCCCCAUGCUGGACAUCCUGGGCUACUCUGCUGAGUGGGCAUUAAAGGUGUCAGGAAAGGUACCCUCUGGACCAUUUUCAUCCCUUUGAAAUAGGUGACAGAUGCUUCCCUUUGGCCAAGCUUUGGGCAACGUUCUUGCUGAAGAGCACUCCCAGCCAGGUUAUGUCCAACUACCACAACUCACCUCAUUAGGAGCUCAACUUCUCUCCUCACUUGGCCCCUAUGUCUCUUUCCCCAUAUCCUGGGCCUUUGUCUGCUGUGUUCCUCUUUCCCUAACAUUUCAUCAUCUUCUUGCCAGGCAUCCUUGGCUGUCACUUGGAGCUAACAGUGACUUGCCACCCCAAGCCAAGGUCAUCCCUGGGCCAGGAGGAUGAGGUUGCCACUGAGGGGCUCCAAAGAAGAAAACUAUCCCCACCCAUAAGUUUUUUCAUUACAAACAGAUGCCUGGGACAUGGUUGGCCUCUGAUAGCCUCCUUCAAAGCCAAAUUCCUGUCCUCCACUGAUCCCAGUCCAGGUCCUAUCAAUUACCCAAAGGAAAACCCACUUGUUUUUGUCCCUGUGUAUAGAAAGGGACCUAAUUACUAUUCUGUAAGCUCAAACAGGAGUAGAAUGGGAGAAGCUGGACUCCAAGAGCCUUGUAAGCCCCAGAAGAGACCAUUGAGAAUGUUGGGACAAUCAAGCCCAUUUCCACUCCUCUCUAUCACACCCCCACCAAGUCACAGAGUGGAGAGGGGUACAGGGCUGGGGGGCAGUUCUGCUGGGCCUCCUUUGUUGCUCACGGUGUGGCUAGCUCUUAAGAAUCAGCCUGCCAAUCACUUCUCUCCAGAUGGAGGAAAAUCAUUCACAGGUCCCAAAUCUGCCCCAUCAGGUGUCACAUAACAUGGCACAGUAUCAGUUUACUUCUUCACACAUAUGCGUGUGCAUGUGUGGAAUUAUGUACAUUUGGAGAAUGUUGGUUGGUGAAGGCAGCACAGUAUUAAUAUUUAGGUAGGAUGCAGCCUCUUACACACCACAGUUAUGUAAGAGAACAAACAAAAUUUUGGAGCUUGAGAUCUGGGACAUUUAAAUCUUUAAAUGGUUUGGAACCAAAUAAACAGAUCUAACUAUGUA